CUGACUCUCAAAGAAGUAACAGAAUCAGAAUCUUCCUGUAGAAGUUAGAGAAGGAAACAGUUACAGAAUCCUCCGCGAGCAGCCAUGGCGAGCCAUGACUCCACAAACUCUCCAGACUUGAUCGUCGGAUCUUUGGUGAGCUUCACGUCGGCCAGAGAGUUCUACGAGGGAACCGUCUACUUUUUCAACGCAGAGGAUGCAAGUUUCGGGAUCGACGAUGUCUCGCGUACAAAGCUUCUUGCGGGUGCACUUUCGCGUACGAGGCUUCUUACGGGUGAUACUCGAGUCGAAGGGCAGUUCCAGUUUUUCCUGAAAGACAUCGAGGACUUGAUGGUGAUUCGUGUGCCAUCGCCAGAACCUACCACCAACACUACUGAGGAUGAUCAGGAGUCUACUCCCGGUGAAGCAUAAUCAUCCGCUUCAACUUCAAAGUGACGACUCUGUUUCAUUGCAAAUACAUCGAUCGAGUCGUAUUACUUCCCUCUACGUAUAUGAUCCAUAACACUCAACAAAAUAGUCCAAAGUCGCUCUUUCUCAUCUUUUUACUUUCCCUUUACUACUAUGUUUUGUUCUGUACAGAGCAAUGUUCAGAACUAGACUCUUACUAGUUUCUCAAAUAAUCGGUUGUUUUAGUUUCCACAGGUUGAUCCUCUUUUGAUACCCAUGGAGGUUCAUUGAGUAACAAUGUCUUCAAAAUUUUCUAAGUCAAUAUAUGCUUUGUUAAUCAAGGCAUUAUUAGUUUCUAGCUCUUUUGUGGGUGUGUUUCAUUAAAGAUUCUAUCAGAAGCAUAGGAGUUUUACGUUUUUGUGACUUCUUUCUCUUGAACUUGUUCUCACCUAACUUAGAGGUAUAUCUCCAAGGAAAAAAGGGUUCC